AUGGGCACUAACAGAAUCAUAUCGGAGACUCUCGAUAUGUGGGAUGUCUACCGCCUCUUCUGCAUCUCUGCCGCCGCCGGCGCCGACGAAGGUGAGCUGCAGGAGCGACUCGGGAUUGUGGAGGACUAUCUGACUGACUACGAAGCGCUGUGCCACGCGCUUGGCAGGGCUCUGUGCACCACGCACGUGCAGGAAAUCCGCCUACUCGUCGCGGACGAGGCAGAGGGGCGUCGGUUUUUGUGGCAUGAUGUCGAAUUUCUGCCGUGGACGCUUUUUGUCGAGUCCUCCUUUGCCCAGGUGCAGGCGCUGGUGGUCGAGCAGGAGACAGCGAUGCGCCACAGCCUUCUGGCCACGUAUGCCGCGUCCUUCACAGAGCUGCUCUUCCCUUACGAGGAGCUGCUGCGAAUGCGACUCACGUGGGAAGCACUCGACUCACUGGCACUGAAGGCGUGCAUUGUCGGCCGAUACGGUGUCCGCGAAGGCCAGCUGGCCCGCACGAGCAUUCCAGGGUAUAUGACUGAUUCAACCUUUUCGACCUCUGCAAGUGCAGCCACGGCUGCUGCGGCGGUGCGUGACCUUCUCUCAGAAGAGCAUCAGGAGCGUCAAGAGAUGGUGGCAGCACGCAGGCAGCACAUUGCAGGUUUCCUCCUUUUCUUGGCCUCUAAUGAGAAGCACCGUAGUUUUACCUCUACCUCUGUGAGCGGCAUGGGGCCCCUACUACAGCUGAAGGGAAACCGCGUAUUGACAGCACGCCAGGCGCUAGACGGCAGUGCAACCCGCAUUCAGUCCGCAUACCGAGCGUACCGUGUGCGUUCCGUGCACACUGCGCCGCGACGACAGCGAGGAGCGCUGGCAGGGCUCUCGUUUGGCUUUCCCCUCCCUCUGUCUGUCUGA